ACUCCCGCCACCCCCGCCGGCCCACACAGAUGGCUGGAACAUGCUGCACAAGGCUCCAGCGGGCGGCCAUGACGGAGAGGCGGGGAGGAGGAAGAGAAAGUGGAGGAACCCAAUUUUCCGGCCCCCCAUGCCACCCCACCCUAACCGUCCCCCUCCUGCCCGCCUCGCACACCUUACACCCUACCAAAUGUAUAUGCAAGCACUCCACAACGCCCUUCAACACCAGACUACACCACUUACACCUACUCCAGCUGCAGCCCUUCAACCCACAGAGGCCGCAAGAAGCUCCCACUACCAACGAGUCACACCACCUCCAACAGAACGCAGUGGGAGGGUGUGGCCGCUCUUCAUGCCCCACCGCCUCCGGGAGACACGGGAGGCGGCGCUGCAGUGGCUGAUGGCUGACGGGGAGAUGCAGGAGCGGAUGACGGAGGGCUACGAGGAGUGGUCGGUGACAACUGAGGAUCCGAGUGAGUGAGGGAAGAAGAGAAAACUGGAGAGGAGAGAAGAGAAGAAUAGAUAGAAAAAAAGAGGAGAAGGCGGCCGCUGGUGAAGAUGAGCCGUGCGUGUGUUGCUCGAUGGACGUGAAGAGGAGAAAGAGGAAGAGAAGGUGCUGAAGAGACGAAGGAGGGAUAAAAGAAGAGAGAAAAAGAGGCGAAGACCCUUACAAAAAUCAGUCAGACAUUUCAAAACACAGAGUACAAUUUUUUUUAGUGUAGAUGUUAUUGAUAGCACACACACACACACACACACACACACACACACACACACACACACACACACACACAUUCACACACAUUUUACUUGGUAUUUAUUUUGUUUAUUUAUAAUGUCAUGUUAACUUUACCUGUCAUCUGUUUGGUUUUCUAUUACUCUUAUUUGUGUAUUCAUUCAUUCACGGAAACUCGAUUGAUUCAUGUGUAUGUAUGUAUAUAUGUAUGUUUUAAUGUGCUUAUAAAUACUAAUAAAUGUCAUACGGGUUAUUUAUUUACUUUCAUAUAUUAUACAGUUAUAUUUUCUAAUGCCGCGGAGAUUAUCAUACCAGUGUUCUGUAUUAAAGUAAAUGAUGUGUUCUGCCUUCAUCAGUGGUUUAUGACUUUCUGUGUUGUCGGUUUUAUCGCAUGCUGUGUUGCCUUGGUUGAUGUGUAUCUCUGAGGUGAAAACUAAUAAACAGAAAA